AUGGCUACAGUCUGUGAGCUUGUCCAGUUGCCAGGUGAGCUCCGCGAGCAACUCACACGAGAAACUGUGCGUUUCAGUUGGUAGUGAAUGCGGAAAAUGGACAAUAUUGAAAAAACUCGGCGAAGGCGCUUUUGGAGCAGUUUAUUUGGUCAAGGAGAAGGGAAAGAACGACCAGGAGUACGCGCUGAAGGUGGAAGCGGAGGCGGAUCCGCUGGGCUUGCUCAAGAUGGAAGUGGCCGUUCUUCUGGAGGUCAAGAAACAGAAGAUCGUCGGCAGACACUUCCUCGAGCUCGCCGACCGCGGCAACUUGCCCGGAAAGUUCAACUACAUGGUGAUGACUCUGGUGGGGAAGAGUCUGCAGGACCUGCGCAAGGCCGCCCAGUUCAACAAGUUCUCGAUGGGCACCGCCAUUUCGAUCGCCAGACAGUCUUUGGAGGCCAUCGAGGACCUGCACAACAUCGGAUUCCUGCACAGAGACAUCAAACCGGGCAACUACACGAUCGGACGGAAGGAGAUGCACGAGCUCCGCAAGGUUCGCAGCCACUGCUCUCCACGUGCACACUCCGAUUGCAGGUCUACAUGCUCGACUUCGGGAUGGCGCGCAAGUUCGCCCGCGAGGACGGCACUCUCCGCAACCCGCGGACCCGUGCUGGCUUCCGCGGCACCGUCAAGUACGCGCCCCUCGCGUGUCACAUUCAGAGGGAGCAGUGCCGCAAGGACGACAUCGAGAGCUGGCUGUACAUGGUCGUCGAGAUGACUUCGGGACGUCUUCCGUGGCGCAAUUUGACCGAGACGGACGACGUCGGACUGUUCAAGAAGGAGUGCAAGACGACGCGUCCGAGGUGUCUGUUCGGCGGAUGUCCCAGGGAAUAUCUCCAGGUAUUUCCUAUUCUCGACAAGGGAAAGUUCUUCGAUGCGCCCGAGUACACUGCCAUUUACGAGCUGCUCGAGAAGGCGAUGGCCAACACCAAAUCGAACGAGUAUCCCUACGAUUGGGAGUGA